CGACUGUACAAUAACCAUCAACCGACAUCAUCGGAACCCUAUCCGCGAUCAUUCACGCUUACCUAGCAAAUAACUUAUCAUGUCAUUUGCUGGAGGACGUACUCCUUAUUGAUCAUUACAACAAGAAAGAGUAAAUUUCAUUCCAGAAAUGUAUUCAAAUAAACAACAACAACAAAUGAGAUCUCGCGAUUCUCCAAUGGAUUUCGCAUAUGAUUCACCUUCAAAGCCUUCGGGUGCAUGGUUGAACUCAAGUUCUACUCAAACAAAAGAUAAGAAUAUGGAAGAUGCAGAAGAAUUGCACAAUGAGAGAAAACGAUCUCUAGAGAUGUCAGGAACGAGUGAGCCUUUCGUAUUUGGCAAUAAUAAUCAACAUUCAGGCGGAGCAUUUCUAUUUCAACAGCCACUAUCACCUACAAUCGAGGGACCAGACGUCGAUAUGGCGACAGAAUUGAGGAAUCAGGGAACAUCUUCCAGUAGAAAAACACAUGCAACUCGACUAGACAAUGACCAAGAACAGGACCAGUCAAGCUCUUCUAGAAGGCCUGUCUCUCAAGGAGCUGUACAACGAGUAAAUAGACAAAGGGCAGCGAAUAACAAAAAGCCAUCAUCCCUUCCAAGAAGGAGAAAGACUUCACUUGGUCGCCGUGGCUUACAUGGUGGAGAGGAAGAUGAGGAGAACGACGAAGACAUUAGCGCAGAAUGGGAAGAUGACGAAAAGUAUGAUACAUUGACACAACAGCGAAGGAAAGGAAGAGGAAUAGAAAGACAACGAUCGCUCAGUAGACGAGUGGGGGAUACGUUGAAUAUACACUACUUCUUCAAUGGAUCGAAUAGAGAUGAUCAUAUGACCCAAACUAAUGCCACUCAUCGCACUCAAACCUCCCCGCCACGAUCUUGGCUCGAUCCCGAAUGGUGUUUAGGAAUGGCACAAUUUGGCUUCAAUGCAACUUUACUUAUUGGGGUUGUUUGGGUGCUGUUCAACGUUGUUAGAACUUUGCAACGUGACGUUUCAAGUAAAGUACGAGAGUAUGAAAUGGAAUAUCUUGCGGAAAUUGAAGCAUGUUCGCAAAGUUAUCAUUUGAACAGAUGUGGAACAGACGGCGCUGUACCUGCUUUAGCGAACGCAUGUGCAAAUUGGCAAAGAUGUUCAGCAAGAGACCCAGCAAACGUUGGAAGAGCUCGUGUGGCUGCUGAAACGGUAGCAGAGAUCGUUAAUGGAUUUGUAGAUGUGGUCAGUUGGAAGAGUAUGCUAUUCACACUGCUAUCUCUCAUCAUUAUCGUCGGCGCAACAAAUUCUUUCUUAUCUUUCUUCCGAAUUCGAUCAAGGGCGAACAAGGGCAACAAAAAUAGUAAUAUCCAGCAUCAAGAUGACCCUCGGCAUGCUAUUCCUCCGCCGCAUGAAUACGGAGGAUACGAUAUGCAUUCUCAUGAUCAUUAUUUGCGAUCCCGUGCAUGGCAUCCCAGCUCUCCCACUACACCUCAAUCGAAGCGGAUGUGUAGAUGAAGGGAGAACGAUUCAUUGUACUAUUUAUGGAAUAUACACAUGCUUUUCAUUGAUCAUAAGUCGAAGCGAG